AGCAGCAGCAACAGCUUUUCAACGUAGACUCUCGUGACUUGACAUUCGCUAUGGAUUAAAAAGGCAACGUUUUUUUUCCCGUUCAUUGUUGUUGUCGUUUGCCGGCGACAAGUGCGCAGCACCUGCUGGCUCGCCAGUUCAACUAGCGAAAUGGUGGCAGUGAAGUGUUGUUCGUAUAUUGACUAGUCUUCUUGGUGCAUCACGAACAAGAGCUAGCCAUCUUUAACGAGAAGUUGGCGCCUUCAAAGAAAAAAAAAAAAAAAGAAUUAAAAUUGAUAAAAAUUGGCGUGAAAAAGAACGCGACAUUCAUUUAGCGAGUGUGUUCCAAAAGCUGCUGCAAUUUGUUGUUGUUGUUGUUGUUACCGGCUGGUGAACUCGAAAUUAAUUAAACCGACAAGAAAAAUAGAAGAUGGCGCUCGGUAGUAGGUUAACCUUGGUCGUGACCUGUUUGACCUUGGUACCGGGUCCAUGCCGAGCCCAAAAUGAUUGUUUCACGUCCAGCAGCAUUGUCGGCGCCGUGCUGGGUACCUUCUUCUCAACAGCCAUUGCAUUAGCUCUCCUCGUCUUCCUGCUCUGGUGGAUCUAUUAUCGCCGCUCACCUAAUGGUGCAGACCGACAGAGUAAAGGGUCUCGUGCCGUGGAAAGUGGUUCGGGCUUCGACAAUCCUUGCUUCGAGGCCAAUCCUAACUCGGAUGUUGUCGACGGCGGUAAGGCAGAGAAAUUUGGUCAAAAGGAUGCACAGAGCACGUCGUGGACACCUUUGCGAUUCUUCGGCGCCAACAAAAACGAAAAGAAAAGAUCUAUGGACGACUCCUUUAUUUCCGAACCCGAACGAGUGUCAGUACAGCUGCGCGGACAUGACUUCACUGGCUUGGGAUUUAGUAUGACUGGUAACAUGCGAGACGGAAUAUUCAUCAAGGAUAUUUCGAAUCGUGGACCAGCUUUCGAAUCGGGGAAAAUUGCUCCAGGCGAUAGAAUCCUCAACGUGACAAUUUCCUUCCGUCACGUUGUCUACGAGGAUGCAUUGACCAUUUUGAGCUACGCGUCGCCAUAUGACGUGACCAUGGAGCUCGAGAAAGGACUCCGCAAUAACAGCAGCACAUUAAAGAAGCGUAAAGCAGCAAGUACGGUGUCUCUUGCUUCCACUUCACCCUCUGCAACACUUUCUACAAUAGCGGGAUCCGUGCAGCAGGAGGGACCACCCAACGAGCGUUUGGUUCAUCCUCUGUACCGUUCGCAGUCCAUUGAUGACCUAUCCAAGGUUGGGCGAGCGGAUGUGACUGUCAGAGCGGACAUGCGAAUUCCCAGUUUGGCGGGUCAUGUAAGUGGCGGCCUGGCAAAAUCAAAAUUACUGGGAAAAGCAAAUCUAGAUAUGGACGUGCCGACUGUGCCCGACAUCAAGCUGAAAGGUGGCAACAUCAAACCUCCAUCCGCCAACGUCGUUUUAGAUGCUGGAGAUAUCAGCGUCGCUCCACCAAAUGUGUCUCUAGCAAUAGACCCACGGCCUCCAAAAGUAUCGAAAUUCGGAAUUAAAGUCUUACCAGAUAUGAAGUUCAAAGCCGGAGCCAAAGGUGCAGAGGUGGACAUGCCACUACUUCCUACCGGACUUGAUGUACCAGAAGCUGAGCUCAAUCUUCCAAAAGUAGAGAUACACACACCCAAAGCUUCUGAUCUUGCCAUCAACAUCGAUGUGCCGGAUGGAUCGGGAAUCAAAUUACCCACACGUAACGUCUCCAUGGCGAUUGACAUGCCAGAACAAGAGUACCCUACAGCCGCAGGUGUAGGUGGCGACGUGAAAUUGAAUAUAGGAACUCCUUCGCUAAAUCUCGUCGCUCCAGUCGGUGCAACCGAUAUCAAUUUCGAAGGACCGAAAAUGAACCAGCCCAAUAUCGAUGUAAACCUCCCAGUUGCACCAAAUGUAAGCGUCGAUUUCCAAUCGCCGAGCUUGCCAGAUGUUGCAGUUGGUCAAGAAAUUCAUAAUGCAGACAUUUCUCUUGAUUUAAGCAAGACACCGAAACCUGGUUUUCAUAUCAAAUUCCCGAAAUUUGGCGGCGGCAAAACAGUGAAAGGUGAUAUGCCUGAAGUAGGCAUUCAACUGGCUGCUCCAGAAUUGGAUGUGGCAUUGCCAGAAACAAAUAUCGAAAUGGACCCCAAGCUGAAAAAAGACGGAGCUAAAGCAGGUUUUGAAUUCAAAAUGCCAAAAUUGAGUCUAAAAAAGAAACCUGACAUGGCCCUUGAGGCUAAAACAAUGCCUACUAUUAACGUUGAGAUGCCGGAAGUAGACGUCGACAUGAAGAUACCUGGAGCUUCUGUUGAGGUACAGCCACCUGCGCUUUCUGCAUCGGCCCCUGAUGUGGAAUUACCGUCUGUAUCGAUGGACGUCAAAAAACCAAAGAUUGAUUUUUCCAUGCCAAAAUUUAAUAUGGGCAAGGAUCAAGCUGAACUCAAAGGUGCCAUCGGUGUAGACGUCGACAUAGGCGGGGUAAAAAUCGAAAAAGCUUCUUCGUCAGACAGCGACACUGACGAUGACACGGAAGGAGGAAAGAAAAAAUUGAAGUUUGGAAAGAUGCCUAAAUUCGGUUUCAACAAACCACAAGGCGAAAUUGAAAUCUCAGCUCCUGAUGUCUCAGCUGACGUUGAGCUUCCGUCUGUAGACGUCGACGUCGGAGAUAUCGACAACGAUAAAGGUGGGAAGAAAAGCAAGUUUGGAAUGAAAAUGCCCAAAUUUGGAGCUAGUGCAACUGUUCCCGAUGUAGGUUUGGAUUUAGACGCCUCUCAUGGAAUUGACGUUAAAUUACCCAGUGUAGAAACAAAAGCGGAGACUAGUGACUCCUCCGAUGAUGACGACGAUGAAAACGGUGGUAAAAAGAAAAAGGGAUUCAAUAUCAAAAUGCCGAAGUUUGGAUUACCUAAAGCUGAAAUGAGUGGACCCAAGAUCGACGUCCAAGCGGAUUUCCCCAGCAUCAAGCCGCUUGAAGGAAAGCUUGAAGUUGGAGUCCCCAACUUGAGCGGUGAUGUCCUGAGGAUGCAGUCAGACACUGAAGAUACCGACAAUGAAGACGACCUAAAGAAAAAGGGCAAAUCAUUGAAAAUUAAAUCUCCCGAACUUCAAUUCACUGGCGGUGCUACCAACCUCGACGUUAGAGCUCCGGCUUUAGAAUUAUCCGCACCGGGAGGUUCGACUGAAUUGAAAGUUAAAGGACCUAAACUAGAUCAACCCAACAUUGACGUGACCGCCCCGACUGGAGCGAGUCUAGAUCUGGAUUUUAAGUUACCAAGUUUGCCAGAUGUGCCAGCCCAUCCAGAGAUUCCCCAUGCGGAAGCUUCCAUCGAGGCCGGCAAAACUGGGAAAUCCGGAUUUCACAUCAAAUUCCCGAAAUUUGGAGGAAGCAAAACUGUGAAAGUUGAUGCACCAGAAGCCACUGCUAAAAUUGCCAUGCCAGAAGUAGAUUUGGCAUUGCCAGAAGCGAGUUUGGACAUUGACCCAAAGCUGAAAAAAGAUGGAUCCAAAGCAGGAUUCGAAUUCAAAAUGCCAAAAUUGAGCCUGAAGAAGAAACACGAAGUCAACGUUGAGACUAAACCUUUGCCCACCGUAAGUGCUUCUAUUCCGGAAGUCGAUAUCGAUGUGAAGAUUCCUGGAGCUUCUGUUGACAUCCAGCCACCGUCCCUUUCUGUAUCUGGCCCUGAUGUAGAUUUACCAUCGGUAUCAGUCGACGUCAAAAAACCCAAAACCGGUUUUUCUAUGCCGAAGUUUAACAUGGGCAAGGGGCACGGUGAGCUGAAAGGCUCCGGUAAUGUUGCUCUAUCCGUGCCUAGUGUAUCAGCGGAUUUUAAACAAGGCUCAGCUUCUAGUGACAGCGACGAUGACACGGAAGGUGGAACAAAAAAGUUGAAAUUCGGAAAAAUGCCGAAAUUUGAGCUGAACAAACCUGAAAUCCAAUUGGAUGCUUCUGCGCCAGAGAUUUCAGCGGACGUGAACGUUCCCUCUGUGGGCAUUGAUGUUGAUGAUGCAAAGAUCAGUAAAAAGGGCGGUUUUGGUAUCAAAAUGCCAACAUUCGGCGCCGGCGCAAGGGUCUCCGGUCCUGAAGCAAGUCUGGCUUUAGACACCUCUCACGAACUCGAUGUUAAAUUGCCCAGUGCAGAAAUCAAGGGCGAGACGAGCGACUCUUCGGAUGAUGACGAAGAUGAAACUGGUGAUAAAAAGAAGAAACGGCUCAACAUUAAAUUACCGAAAUUCGGUUUACCCAAAGGCGGCGACAUUACGGUGAACGCACCCAAGAUUGACUUGCAAGGAGGUCAUUCCGACUUACCCGACCUAAACCCGUUAGAGGGAAAUCUAGAAAUUGACGCGCCUAAGAUCACCACUUCUUUUUCUAAAGCAUCCCCCCACUCGGACGAGACCGACUCUGAAGAUGGAUCCAAGAAAAGAAGUAAAGGCGCAUUUGCCAUUAGCACAGCUGUUCCCGAUAUUGAUGCUAAACUAACAGUUGAUACUGGAAAUUUGGAUGCAAGCUUUGGAGAAGCAAAAAAGGGAUCCAAGCUCGGGAUAAAACUUCCGAAGAUGAAAAUGGAUCGACCUAACCUGAAAAGGAAUGAAAAUUCCGAUUCGGAGACGAGCAGUGAUGAUGAUGACGAAGGCAAAGGAUUGAAAGGUGGCAUUGCAAUUCCAUCUAUCGAUGUUUCGGGACCGAACGUAGACCUGCAAGGUGACAUGGGACUUCCGAACGCACAGUUUGGCAUCAAGGCGAACCAGCCAAAGGUUGAUCUCGAAGCCGACGUCGGUGAUGACGACCACGACGAUGACGAAACCAAGAAGAAAUCCAGCAAAUUUGGAUUCUCCAUCAAGAUGCCCAAAUUUCACAUGAAGAAGAAAUCUAACCAACAUUUAUCAGCACACUUGAAUCUCGAUUCAGCUUCGGGUGGCACCGACGACGAUCGAAGCGGUGAAGACAAGAAAAAAGGAAAAGCGUCUGCCAAACUGCCCAAAUUUGGCUUGAAAAAACCUGACCUAGACACCGAUUUCGGUAUCGACAAGUCCAUUGAUAUUCGUGCUGAUGUUAAUGUACCAAAAGUGAAUUUACCUGAAUUAGGAGCUGACGUGAAAGGUGAAGACAAGGACAAGAUGACUUUUUCCUUACCCGAAGUGACAAUUGAUAAACCAAAACUUGAACUGGGUCUGGAUUCGAGUAUUGGAACUGAAGGAUCGGCAAAAGUUGGUGUUGAUAUGGGAAGGGGUGAUUUGAACCUGUUUCCCGUUGAUAUCGCAAUGAGCGGUCAGGUACAACCGCCUAGAGUUCCAGACGUUGGUUUCAGCGCAGCCGGUGGUGUGAAUCCACAAGCUGAUAUUAAGUUCAAGGGACUUGACCUGGAACUGGAACAUGACGAUUCGGAUGACGAGAAAAAGAAAUCGAAAUUUUUCAAGAUGCCUAAAUUUCACAUGGGCAAACAUCAUGGCGAAGCAAAAGUUGAACAUGGGGCUAAAAUCAAUUUGCCGGAUGCCGAGCUUAGUUUACCAACUGGAAAAUUGGAGCUGGACCCUAAUAUAAGCCUUGAUGUUUCCAGCAAAGACGAUGCAGAUAGCGAUGAUGACAAAAAGGAAAGCGGCAAAAAGAAGCCACGAUUUGGAAUUAAAAUGCCUAAAUUUCAAAUGAAACAUUCGCAAGCUCCCGGUGUCAACUUAGAUGUCAAAGCAGAAGGAGUGAAAAUGCCAAAUUUAGAGGUCAAUGUUGAUGCACUCACCGUCGAACACGAUUCCAUCAGCUCGGAUAACACUUCGAUUGAAAUGGAUCUUCCCAGAGUUCCAGAAAUCAAUCCAAUCGACGUGGAUGUAACAGUUCCACACGGCAAACUCGAAAUUCCGGAAAAAGAUGGCAAGAAGAAAGGAAAGUUUAGCUUCAAGUCAAACUUUAAAAUGCCUAAGCUGCAUAUGAGCAGCGGCAAGGGUCACGCUGAAUUAGAAGUCCCAUCAACGGAAAUCAAUCUACCUAAAGUGGAAGUUGAUUUAGCAGGCAAAGGUGAUAUUGAUGUUGAUGACGCUGAAAAGAAGAAGUCGAGUACGAAAUUGGGAGCUGCUUUUCACAUGCCGAAAAUAGACAAGCCUUCGGCCAAUAUCGACGUCAGUCUACCAACUGUUGGUCUGGAUCUUAAGGGAGAUGCCAAGCACGACGAUAGUGAUGAUGAAGGCAAGAAGACCGACAAAAGCAAAUCUGGUGGAUUUGCGUUUAAAAUGCCAAAGCUCAGCGCCGGUGGCAAAGCUGAAAUUGGACUACCUGACAUGGAAUCACAAUUAAACGUAAACGCCCCCACAGUGGAAAUGCCAAAAUUAGAAGCCAGUUUGGACUUAGAUGAAGGAGACCUGGAUAAGAAAUCACCUUUCAUCGUCAAAAUGCCGGCGUUCAAUCCAGUGAAGCCGGACAUUCAAUUAGACGUCUCCAAACCCAAGAUCGAAUCGGAUAGCGAAGACAGCGACUCGGAAAAUGAGAAAUCCAAGAAAGGCUUCAAAUUGGGAUUCAAAAUGCCACAUCUAUCCAUGGGCGGGAAAGGCGCUGCCAAUAUCGAUACUGAUUUAAACGUCAAGGUAGAACAUCCUGAACCAGAGUUACCUGUUGUGGGCGCGGAAGUAUCUCUACCUAAGGCAGACGUGUCAGGGAAGAAGAAAGGUAACUUCGAAGGCAACUUCAAAAUGCCAUCCUUUGGCCUCAAAGCCGCAGGUGGUACCCAGAAGGCGGACGACAGUGACGACAGUGAAUCUGAUGACGAAAAAUCCAAGAAGGGGUUUAAAUUGGGUUUCAAAAUGCCAGACUUUUCCAUGGGUGGGAAAGGUGAUGUCAGUCUUGAUGCGGAUGUGAAAAGCAAACAGCUAGAACAAGGUCUACCGACCUUAGAAGCUGACGUCAGCCUUCCCGAAGCGGAACUAUCUGCAAAAAAGAAGGGUAGUUUCGGAGCCAAUUUCAAAAUGCCCACCUUUUCGAGCGCAACCAACGUAGAUGUCAGUGGCGCAAAGCAAGCGAACACCAGCGACGACGACAGCGAUUCGGAGGAUGGAAAUUCAAAAAAGGGACUCAAAUUGGGCUUCAAAAUGCCAAAAUUAUCCCUUGGUGGGAAAAACGAAGCCAACCUCGACUCGGAUGCUAACCUCAACGUAAAACUACCUGAAGCGGAGUUACCGUCGUUUGAGGCCGAAGCAUCGCUUCCCGAAGCGGACCUCUCGAUGAAAAAGAAGACCGGCUUUGGCUCUCAUUUCAAAAUGCCGACCUUCUCGGCCAAAGCCAACGCAGGUGACGCUGAGAAGAUUCACGAAAGUGAUGAAAGCAGCGACUCGGAUGACGAGAAUUCAAAGAAAGGACUGAAAUUAGGUUUCAAAAUGCCAAAAUUAUCGAUGGGCGGCAAAGCCGAUGCCAAUCUUGAUUCGGAUGCUGCGCUCAACGUGAAACUGCCUGAACAUGAGUUACCCUCGCUUGAGGCUGAAGCAUCAUUACCCGAUGCGGACCUUUCGAUGAAAAAGAAGAGCGGCUUCGGAGCUCAUUUCAAGAUGCCGUCCUUCUCUCCCAAAGCCAACGUACGUGUCGGCGGCGAUGUGAAAGUUCACGCAGAAGACGACAGCAGCGAUUCCGACGACGAGAAUACAAAGAAAGGGCUGAAAUUCGGACUCAAAAUGCCGAAAUUGUCCAUGGGUGGGAAAACCGACGUCGAUCUUGAUACGGAUGCCAAUCUCAACGUAAAACUACCGGAGCAAGAGUUACCUUCCGUUGAUGCCGAGCUUUCCCUUCCCGAUGCGGAUCUAACAACGAAAAAGGCCAGUUUCGGAUCGCAUUUCAAAAUGCCCACCUUUUCAACGAAAGCCAAUGUGAGUGCGAUCGGUGCUGAAAAGGUUGAAGCAAGCGACGACAGCAGUGAUUCAGAAGACGAAAAAUCCAAGAAAGGCUUUAAGUUAGGUUUCAAAAUGCCGGACUUUUCAAUGGGCGGGAAAGCCGAUGUGAAUCUUGAUUCCGAAUCAACGAUAAAGGCAAAGCAACCAGAACUCAAUUUACCGAAUGUAGACGUUGAUGUAUCCCUUCCCGAAGCAGACCAGUCGACAAAAAAGAAAAGCAGCUUCGGAUCACAUUUCAAGAUGCCGUCUUUCUCUCCCAAAGCCAACGUCCGCGUGAGCGGCGCUGAGAAAACUCAGACGGGCGACGAGAGCAGCGAUUCAGAAGACGAGGAUUCAAAAAAGGGACUGAAAUUAGGUUUCAAAAUGCCAAAGUUGUCGAUGAGCGGGAAAGAUGGCGUGAUGCUCGAUUCGGAGGCAACUAAACUGAAAAAACCAGAGCCAAAUUUACCCAGUGUGGAAGUCGACAUGUCUCUCCCUGAAACAGAUCUUACGACGAAAAAGAAGGCCAGUUUCGGAUCCCAUUUCAAAAUGCCGACCUUCUCAACCAAAGCGAACGUGGGUGCAGCUGGUUCUGAGCCAGUUAUCAAAAACGAAGACAGCAGCGAUUCGGAAGACGAGAACUCAAAGAAAGGCCUAAAAUUAGGCUUUAAAAUGCCAGACUUAUCGGUCAAAGGAAAAGGCGAUUUAAGUCUUGAUUCGGAUCCCAACAUCAAAAUCAAACAGCCUAGCCCUAUAGAGGCAGAAGUGUCCCUCCCUGAAGUCGAUCUCUCCGCCAAAAAGAAGAGUGGCUUCGGAUCCCAUUUCAAAAUGCCGACCUUCUCCGCAAAAGCUAAUGUCGGGUCAGGCGGUGCUGAACGAGAAAACACAAGCGAUGACAGCAGUGAUUCAGAGGACGAAAAUUCAAAAAAGGGACUUAAAAUGGGUUUCAAAAUGCCAAAAUUAUCUGUCAGUGGAAAGAACGACAUUAAUCUCGAUUCAGACGCAAGCGUUAAGGUAAAACUACCUGAGCAAGAGUUACCCUCAUUUGAGGCCGACGCAUCGCUGCCAGAAGCCGAUCUUUCAAUGAAAAAGAAGAGCGGUUUCGGUGCACAUUUCAAGAUGCCGUCCUUCUCUCCCAAAGCCAACGUACGCGUAGGCGGCACUGAGAAAAUUCACGCAGAAGACGAAAGCAGUGAUUCCGAAGACGAGGGUUCAAAGAAAGGACUGAAGUUAGGUCUCAAAAUGCCAAAGUUAUCCAUGGGUGGGAAAGGCGACGUUGAUCUUGAUUCGGAUGCUAAUCUCAACGUAAAACUACCUGAACACGAGGUACCCUCACUCGAGGCUGAUGCAUCGCUCCCCGAAGUGGACCUUUCGAUGAAAAAGAAAAGCGGUUUCGGGUCUCAUUUCAAAAUGCCAACCUUUUCCGCCAAAGGCAAGGUAAGCGACGCCGAGAAAAUCCAUGAGAGUGACGACAGUAGCGAUUCAGAAGACGAGAACUCAAAAAAGGGACUUAAAUUGGGUUUCAAAAUGCCCAAAUUAUCAGCCAGUGGAAAGACCGACAUCAAUCUCAAUCCGGACGCAAAUGUCAACGUGAAACUACCUGAAUGUGAGGUACCCUCACUCGAGGCCGAAGCGUCGCUGCCUGAUGCGGACCUCUCGAUGAAAAAGAAGAGCAGUUUCGGCUCUCAUUUCAAAAUGCCAACGUUUUCCACCAAAGCCAAUGUAAGUGCUAGCGGUGCUGAUAAAAGUCAGGCGAGUGACGACAGCAGCGAUUCGGAAGACGAGAAUUCAAAGAAAGGAUUGAAAUUGGGUUUCAAAAUGCCAAAAUUAUCCAUGAGUGGGAAAACUGACGUUGAUCUUGAUUCCGAUGCUAACCUCAAAGUUAAGCUACCUGAGCAAGAGUUACCUUCAGUCGAUGCCGAGCUUUCUUUACCGGACGCGGAUCUUACAACGAAAAAGAAGAGCAGUUUCGGAUCCCAUUUCAAGAUGCCCACCUUUUCGGCCAAAGGCAAAUUAGGCGCAAGUGGGGCUGACCAAGCAGACACAAGCGACAGCAGCAGUGAUUCAGAGGACGAGAAUUCAAAAAAGGGACUGAAAUUAGAUUUGAAGGUGCCCGAUUUAUCGGUGAGCGGAAAAACUGAUGUCAACGUAGAUCCUGAAUUAACAAUCAAGGCGAAGCAACCCGAGCUAAAUAUACCAACGGUACAAGUUGGCAUGUCUCCACCAGAGGCAGAACUUGCGACUAAAAAGAAAAGUAGUUUCGGAUCGCAUUUCAAGAUGCCGACCUUCUCAGCUAAAACCAAUGUAGGCUCCUCUGUUCCAGAGAAUGUUAACGCGAGUGACGACAGCAGCGAUUCAGAAAACGAGAAAUCAAAAAAGGGAUUCAAAUUUGGUAUUAAAAUGCCUGAUUUGUCCAUGGGCGGAAAGGCGGAUGCAAAUCUCGGAUCCGAUGUUGUAAUCAAACACCCUGAACCGCAAUUGCCUGUUUUGGACGCUGAAGUAUCCCUCCCCGAAGUCGAUGUUACAACGAAAAAGAAGAGCAGCUUUGGUUCGCAUUUCAAAAUGCCGUCAUUCUCAACGAAAGCCAACGUUGGAGCAAGUGCGGAACUUCCAGACAUUGACGUUGUUACUCCGCGAGUACAAAUAGAAGAGGAACACGAACUGGAUGACACGGAAAAGAAGAGUCACAAAAUCGGGAUCAAAUUACCUAAAUUUCAAACACGGCAGAGAAGCGCCGAAGUAACUUUGCCACAAGUUGAGCUUAAAAGUGAAGACUCGUCCCAUGAAGAAGACAGUGACAAAGAGUUGAAAGUGAAAGUAAAGAAACCUAAAUUCGGAAUCAAACUACCGGAAUUCAACAAACCAAAAUUAGAAGCAGGAGUUAAUAUUCCAUCUCAAAAUCUAACUGCCAGCACCGUUCCUGAUGUAGAUUUACCUCAAGUCGGUGUUGAGGUGAAACAACCUGUCGCUAUCACUGGCGAUGCUUCCAACGUUGACAUCCAAGUUGGCAACAUUGACGCUGAAGUUGCCAAAGUAAAAGCGCAAUUGGCCCAACUUCAAGCCGAAUUCGAUAUACAGUCUGGGAAACAACAAACAAAAACCAAAGAAGAUGAUUCCAGUUCAUCGUCAUCAGACAGCGAAGCCGAGAAAGACUCCAAAGCUUCCGGCAUGAAUUUUGGUUUGAAGUUGCCAAAGUUCUCCAUCGGCAAGGAAAAAACGGAAGCAGAGCCUAAGCUGGAAGCUACCUUGCCAUCUGUAUCUUUGAAAACAAAAACUACUGGCGACGAAGUGACCUCACCUUCUCUGUCCAGCUUGGAAGUGGAGCCUGUCAAAUUGGAAAGUGGCUCUGGACACGAAAAAGAGAAAAAGAAAUUCAGUCUUGGUUUGAAAAUGCCGAAAUUUCCAUCUAAAGCUGGCGCUGUGGCCGUCGAAAGUGAAGUUGUAUCUAGUUCUAAAGAUCUGGAUACGGUCCCCGUAUCGAAAUCUUUCAAAGUCAGUGUUAAGGGACCUAAAAUGAAGCUCAAGAAAAAGAAAGGAGACCACCGACAAUCGUCGUCUAGCGAUAGCUCUAGCGAGGAGGAAAAUAAUGAUGAAGAAGAUCAGCCGAGAAGCAAAGAUGCUAGCGGCCAGCUAAUGGGAGUUGAAGUGAAAUUGCCACGAGUACAAGUUUACAAGAAUGUCGAAUACCAGGACGCUGAAAAAGGACACAACGAUAGCAGUUCUGAUGAGGAAGAUGAAGUGAAAGAUAUCAAGAAGAAUAUUGGUGCUCGCUUUGGCGUCAAGCUCAAGAAACCCAAGAUGUUCUCCAGCAACAAGAUCGAGAUUACGGGCAAGAACGACGCUGGUAACAACAGCAAUACACUUCAACCGGAAUGGAAAUUGCCAAGGGUCGAUCUUCGUCGUGCGUCAAAAUCAUCCGACCAGGAGCUUAGCAUCGAAGUCGAUUUGGAUGGAAUAAGUGAGCAGCAAAAACUGGAACAAUUGUCGCCAUCAGAACGUGCUGAAGCGAUUAGACGCGAUUCCAAGGCAAGCGCAGGGAUUCGAUUACACUCACCGAGUUACAUCAGUUUAAUGCCAAGCCCGCGUUCCAAGAAACCAACGCUCGAAAUGCUGGAUGUUGAUUCUUCUCCCAAACUACUCUCCGUUACCCGAUUAGAUCCAACUCCUCCCAUCGAGAGCUCUGUCAGGACGCAACAGCCAUUGUAUGGUAAUAUGGAAUUGACCACCACCUUGACGGGACCCCAAGUCUCGGCCAGCCAGGUUCCCUCGUCGGUUAUCAUGGCUUCAGACGCUGUCAAACUGAAACGCGGUCCACCCACCCCCGCCAGACGAUUUAUCGUACCAUUUGAACCGAACUCCGCCGUUUUGCAUGUCUCUCAACCUAUAAUUACUUCAGACGUAACAGUCGAAGGUGGAUUUUCAACGAUGAUAUCUGAUCAUUUUCCUGGGGAAGUAGAAGUUGGCAUUUCCCAGCCUCCUUUUAUCUCUGGCAAUAAUCAACAAGCUUCAGAUACUGACAUCUCUAUCACAACGUCAACUGGCUCUGACACGUUGGUCAUCAACUGUCCUGCCCAGCCGUCUGGCCAACAAGAAGCCCACAAUCGCAAAGCUUCUUCACUUGGAGAUUUGACUCGCAUUCCAACUUCGGGAAGCGAGGAUGGAUCGCUUGAGAGGACUGUCUCCCUCGAUUUCAAGCCAGUUUCCACAUUGGCUGGUAACUCUUCGCGAGCUAUUUACAACCUCGCCGUCCAAGAUUUAAGCCGUGUCGGCGAGGACAGUGAUGAAGACUACAAUUUGAAUCGCAAACGUCCCGUUUCUGAACAAGGUAGCAUCGACAGUGAGGUAACUGUUAUCACGGCGGAUGAAGCAGACACACACAGGUUGCUGCCCACUGCCAGCGUAUCGGGUGGGAAUCGCACAUACCUGACCGUGAACACUGACAACGAGUGUGACAAUGUCAGCCAUCGGCCAUUAAGCGGCGACAUGGCUGAAGCUUUGUGGUUCGGCAGCACCAGCAUCCAGACAGUAGAAAGUGUCCAGACAACGAUGUCUUACACUCAAAUGGAAGAAUCCAUCAGCACUGACGUGACCCUGACCACCACCAGUUUAGGUACCAGCCCUUCCGAAACCAGUUCUAGUUCUAGCUCGGAAGGAAGUCCUUUUUCACCCGCCAGUCCAGAACCCAGUGGUGAGAAUACACCGAAUUUAGUGGAACAUUCUUCCCAAAUCGAGAAUGGCAGGACGCCACAAUAUCAUCCCGAAAUGACUGAGCUCGCUCCAGGGGAAUUGGGAUACAGCGACGCUCGCACAAUCACUUUGGAGAUGACGUCGCUUUCAGAUGAUUCACAGCCACAACCAUUGACAGAUUUGAAUCCAAGUGCAGGCAAUUUUGCGGCUGUUCGUAAUCGCUUUGAGCAACUGAGCGGCACCAGCCCGCUCAACGGAGCCGAAACCACUGGCUCACUAGGUCGCAAUUCCGGUCGACUGAGCCAAACGCAAGGCACCGUGAUCAAACGGUUGAGCGGCAACUUUGAGGAAUUGCCGCCAUCCUCUGUCAAUGUACUACAAAAGUCGUUCAUGCAGCAUAUAGCGCCUGAACUAAGCGAAGGUGCCCUCUCCCGCACAGUCAUCAUCUCCAGCCUGACACUGGAGCGGGCAGAACAGAACAGCGUUAGCCCUACGACUGGUCUUGGGCCCGAGUCACCCGUUCCCAACUUAGAGCCCCCUUGUUAAAAGUCAAUUCAAUGAAAAAGGCGCGCCCACAGCUUUAUUCCGUAUCAGAGCAUUAAAUGAUUCGCAAUUGAGUAUCAGACUACUAAAUUUUAUUAUUUUUUUUUUUACAUUCCCGUGUGUCUUUUAAAUCUUUACUUAUAGUAUAUUUGCUUGUAAUAAUUUUUAAACGCAGCGCAAAGAGAAGAAACGGCGAGAAAACUCAACCAAGAUCAAAAUUCGAGGGCGAACCUCGCCCAGUGAAUUAGACAUACAUGCUUAACUGUAUGUUUCUAUAUAUAUGCACGAUUUCAACUAAUAUUUUGUUUUUCUCGAAAAAUCGCUGUUUUGUCGUCUCUUUUUCAUAAAGCAAAAUUAUGUUUAUUUCAUCACGAGAGAUUCUCUCAUCGUCAUAUCUUCGUGUAACAAUGUAUGUCGCGAUUGCUACCUUUUCUUUUUCGACAAUUUAUCCUACAACUAAUCGAUCCUUCCUAUUUCAUUCCAGUACCGUUGAAAACGUCUUCAGUUAUGUCUAAACCGCUCAGCAAUUGCAUGUUUGGGCGAUUAAGAUUUCAUUUGCGCCGCCUGGAUUCCUUUCUCCAGCUUUAUUCUUUUCACUUCCUGGGGUUUUAUUACGAUAACCUAAUAGUGUUUAAGUUGCUCAAAAAACCAAAAAAAAAAAAGGAGAAAAGGAAUUCGUUAAGCAAUGGUUUUUGCGUAAAGUUGAAAAGGAAGGAACCUCUGAUGGAAGGAAUACUAAUUUCCACGAUCCAUUUUCCCCAAAAUUUAAUCGAAAAAUAAAAACAAAAAAAUGAAUAAACAAAACAAAAAACAAAACAAAAAAGAAAAUCACAAUAAUAAUCUGAUUGUCCAUCAACGACAUUUUAACCGACUAGUUUAAGAACGAGAGUUUGUAUAUAUACAUAAGGAAACAUAAGGAAUUAACGGCGUUUGUUUUGAGACUUUUACAUUCUAGUUUUCUGUCGAUAAAGUCUGUGUAUAAAUGCGUCCAGAUUCAUUUAUGGAUACAUAUUUAACUUUAUAACAAUAUUUUAUGCACCCAAACUUUACUUAUUUGCUACCCCAUUUUAUUUGAACGUGCAUGUGCAGUAGCAGACUUGGCGAACGUGGUCUCUUCCCAUCGCGAUUCGUCGAUAUGAUAAAGCCAUGUACCCUUUUCUGUAGACUAUCAAGUAUACACCGCAUUUUAAACAUCUGUGACAUCUGUUAUCCAUAUUAUCAAUACACUCUGUUUUGAAUAUAUAA